AUGGCGUUGCAUACCGGCGAGACCACGCAGCAACAGGCCAUGAUUGAAGCCUUCCGGACCUGGUGCCGCGAGCAGGCGUGUGACAUGAGCCGAGUUCGGGUGGAUCGAACAUCCUCAGGGCUGGGCUUGGUGGCCGAGCAGGACAUUGGUGCAGGGGAGGUCGGCCUGUCAGUCCCUCUCGAAGCCUUGCUGACUGUUUCCGCCGCCGCGAAAACGGACAUUGGCCAGGCCGCCUUGAACAGCGCCACGACGCGGCAGGGGCGCCUCAGCUCCCAAGCGCUCAUGUACUUGGUCAUGGUGGACGGCUGGCAUGACCCGGCCAGCAAGUGGCACAGCUACCUGAGAUUGAUACCAACUAGGCACCAUGAUCCUCUUUGGUGGACCGACCAGGAGCGACAAGAGCGGCUGGAAGGAACGCAGCUCUUCCAUGAGGCCCAUCGUCACAUGUCGCAGUUGCGCGACGUCUAUGACUCCCUAUUUCCCGCUUUGUCUCAAGAGCUCCCUGCCUUCUUCCCCGUCGAGCGGUACACAUUUCAAGCAUUUCUUUGGGCUCGGUCCUCACUGUCCUCGCGCUGCUUCUCAAUGCAGCAGCUCCGCAGUUGGCUGGAACCCGAUGGCCAAGAGCCUCGGACGCCUCCGAACGUUGACCCGGCCGCCCACGAAGCCGAGCGCCUGGCAGAUGACUGCCCUGCGGCACUUUGCCCACUCUUGGAUAUGACGAACCACAACCCAGAGACACAGGUCCGUGUUGGCUUGGUGCGUUGCGCAGGGGCCGUCCAUCUUGGCAUCUCCUGCACGUCGCCGGUCGCAGCAGGAGGCGAGUUCUUCAACAACUACGGCUCCAGCCGGACGAACUUGCAACUGCUCUUGGCCCAUGGCUUCUGCGUACCCAACAACGCCUGCGACGCGCUACCUGUGAAAAUUCGUACCGACGAUGCCCGAAGGCCUCAGCUGCAGCGGCAAGCCCUGGAACUCGCAGGUCUUCAACCAGCAGAGGUCCACGAGCUUUCGUUGAAGAACUUGCUGCCUCCACGCCUGCUGGCCCUCCUGCGGAUCUUGUGUAUGCGGCCAGAUGGGCUGAAGACGUAUGUCAAGCAUGGAUCCGAUCUGCUCUUGAAGCUGCAGUCGCCCGUGCCGCCUACAAUCGAUUACUGUGAGGAGUGCGAGCUGGAGGCGCUGUCCACCUUAGAGGGCCAGCUGCUGACCCAGCAGAGCCGCAUCCCUCCGCCGGACCUAUCGGCGCCCUCUGCCCCGGAGCGGCACGCGGCCGUGUACCGGGCGGGGCAGCUGGCCAUCAUCUCGGAGGCGCUGAAGGAGCUCCGAAGAAGAAGGCAGCUCUUCUGCUCGGAGAACUCUCUCCUGGAGGAAGAAGAAGAGGAAGAGGAGGAGGGCGACUCUGUGGCUUCAGAGGAAGACGCAGACGAUGCUUCGACUUGA